AUGACAGGCAACCUCUUCAUAUUCCCCAGGCAAUACUCGAGUAACGUGGAAGCAAAACUGAAAUUCCUGAAGCGCAGGCAGCGUGGAAACUCCAGGAGGCAUUGCGUGUGCGGCCUGCCCGUCCGGGCUCCCGGCCUGCAGGCUGCCCUGGACAGCGGCCGCUGGGGAGCUCGGAAGCAGAGAUGUCAACACGUGGCCCGAGCCGUGCGAGGCGCCAGCUUCGGGGAGGUUUAUGUAACCUCCGUGUCCUCGUCUCCUCUGCAGGAACAGAUGGGGACCAAAGGCCGCCUCCUUCUGCUGAGCAGCCCCUCUGGGGGGGGGCAGGGGGGACUGCACGGGCGGCCUGACAGGCCAUGUCCCCGGGUUGGGCUGCCCUCCCCGAGCCCCGAGGCCCCCAGUGACUCUCUCUCUUCUCCACAGCUGCCCAUGAUGGGAGGAGCCUUCAUGGACUCGCCCAACGAGGACUUCAGCACCGAGUACUCCCUCUUCAACUCCUCCACCAACAUCCACGCGGCCUCCGGAGGCCAGGGCCCGCCCGAGGAGCCCGCGCGCUCCUCCAACGACGCCGUCCUGCUGUGGAUCGCCAUCAUAGCGACGCUGGGCAACAUCGUGGUGGUGGGGGUGGUGUACGCCUUCACCUUCUGAGCGGCACCCCGCGCGGCUCACUGCGGCGAGGCUGGGGCGGAGCACCCACGUUCCAGAACCAGGAGUUCCCCCCAGGGCAGGGCCCCUCCAGGGGCAGCGACCGAGCGUCUGGAACUGCCCCCCGCGGCCCUCGUUUCAAAUAGCCCCGCUGUGGUCAAGCCGAUCCAGAAGCCCCCGGGGACACGAUGGGGCAAGGCCGCCGAGGAGCAGGUGGGGGACGUCUUGUAACUGCUUCCCAAGAACAAGAGACUCCAGGGGACCGCCCGUUAGGCUCCCAACGCAGACAUAGUGGGGCGAUUGCUCCCCGGCAGCAAAAAACCGCCUAAUUGUCUUGUUUCCAUGCCGACUGGGGUGGGGUGCCGGGCAAGAGCCCCCUCAGGGCCUGAGUGUCCCCACCCCCAUCUCAGCCCCCGGGGAUGUGGGUGGGGCCACGUGAAGGGCCUUGGAACAUUCCUCCUGUGACUUGCAGUUGACCCCUCCGUCACCAGACACCCGGCCCCUGAGGAGACCCCAAAGCGGCAGGAACCCCAAGGAUGGGGGGUCGCUGGUGACACGUGGAGUCCAGGUGGUGGUUUCCGCCUGCUGGUGGGCUUCCUCUCUUUGAAAAGAGGAGAAGGCACCUUUCCAAGGGAGAUCUGCCGUCGGUUCCAGGCCCCACAUGAAGAUGCGGGUCGUUCUCCGAGAAACCGCAGAACGUGAGGUGAACAGGGCUGUGUCCGCGCAAGCACGUGGGGGGCGGCGGGAGCCGGUGCAGUGUGCCUGGUCCCCCGGCCGGUCCUGGAGGGGACAGGUCCGAGUGACGUGUCCUGACUCAGCUCAGGGCUCUCGCUGAGCCCUGCCUCCAGCUGGCUCCUGCCUUCUCAGCCGCCCUCCGCAACAGUAUCCAGGGGGCCGUGCCAGGUGGGCAGGGCGUUCAGACACCCGCGCUGUCAGGUUGGUUCGCCUGUGUGUGCUCUGCUGCCGGGGAGGGUCCUCUGCCCACGUCGGUUCCCUGCAUCCUUAGACGUCAGUGGCGCCCUAGCCGGUGUGGCUCAGGGGAUACAGCCACUCACCUCUGGGAGGUGAGCAUGGAGCUGCCGCGGCAACAAGAUGACCAGCCCGACCUCCAGACGGCGCCGGCCCAUGACCGCCAGCCCUUAUUGGUUCCAUCCGUCACUGCGGCCACACGGCUACCCUCAAUGCUUAGCUCCGCGGAGGUCAGGGGUGCGGAGAGCUGGUGUGACAUUGGAGAGGGAUGUCUGGAGCCACUGACAGGGCCCUGUUCUCUGUAACACCAGAGGGGCCUGGAGCCCCGAGCCUGGAGCCUGGGCUGGCUGUCAGCCACAGUGUGCCCGCUGUCAAGCCCCAGGGCUGCCCAUGAGGAAGGCCUUUCUUAGACGGAGGGCCCGAGGCGGGGGUCCCACCUGGGAUGGGGAGACCAGGUGGUGCCACCUUCAGUGGCUGGUGGCACAUCCAGGGCACACUUACACCAGCCCUGAGUGUGCAGAGGUCGUUUCCCAAGGUGUGGCCUGGACCGGCUCUAGCUGCCACAGGCAGAAGUUUCCGGCUCCUGGGAAUGGGGCACGCGCAUGCCCCUGCCCGGGGCCCUCUCUCUGCCAGGCUGCACGGGGAGAUCGGGAGCCUGCCCCCCCUUUAGAGCUGAGCACAGCCUCUUUGUGUGGCCAGAGUCCGGCUUUCCCAGGAUGCAUGCAGAGGGGAGCCCCGAGGGCCCCCAAGGGUGAGACUCAAGCAGCCGGAAUCGUGUGAAGGGUGCGGGACGGUCUGGGUGGCGUGCUGGGUCCGGCCAGGCUUCAGGCCUCCUGCUGCCCCCCGGGCCCCCCGAGCAGGGGGCAGGUGCUCUCUCAGACCCCAGCCUGCGGCUCCCUUUUGGGCUUCUGGGUGAGGGGCCAGAGCCCCCCUGGACUCCAGGAGCCAGUGCUGAGAAGGAGGGGCCGGCCUCUGCAGCGGCUGCUCCUUGGAGAAAGGGCCCUGCGUUUUCUGGAAUGUUCUCUGCACACUUUAACCCCGCGUCCCUUUUGCGAGCUUUAGGUGUCCCACACGGGCGACGUUUGUGUGAAGGGCACCCCGGUGAGCGAGCAGCGCCUGCUGUGCGAGGCCGUGAGUCCGGUCGGAGGACACAUUAGCCUGGCGUGUCCUAAGGGGACGCCACCCCUGUGGGGGCCUGGGCACGGUGACCGCUCUGCCGGCUCCUGCUCUGUCACGCUGCCCCUCCCCCUUUCCAUGAGGUCAAGGUCAAGAGGCAAAUGAGACCCCUGACCCUCCCCACCCCCUUUGGCAUCAGCACUGUCGGGAUCCGAGGGAGGGCCAAUGUGCCCCUCGGCUGGAGCGGCGACAGGCCACGUGCCGCCCGUUCUAAAUGGACGGCCUGGGCACCCGCCAGCGCCAGCGUAGGUUGCCUCCCUCCCGAUGCCUCCUGGCUCCUGCCUGGCCAUGGUUCUCCACCGGCAGGCCCCCCCCCGCCCCCCCGCCAGUGUUUUUAGCCCCCCUCCCCGCCGUCGUCCACAUCUCCCUGUGCUGCGUGCCGCGUGCAGCUCGUCCACUCCUCCAGCCUCGCCCGGGGCAGGCGUGCGGUGCGGAGAAAGGCCUGGUCAUCGUGACUGUCCACUUUGCUGCGAAGCUGAGGCUGGCCUCUGUGCCCUGAACCCUCAGCUCAGGAUGCGCUUGCCCCCCCUCUGCGGGCGGUACAGGCUGGGGGCCCUGGCGUCGCCCUGCAUCCACACCCUCCUGAGUGAGCCCCCGGAAUGGCCUAUCCCAGGCCGGCCUCCGGCUGGGCCGCAUCACCCCCGAGGAGGGACCUCGUGUCCACCCCGGGGAGGCGGUUCGGUGGGCAUGUUGGCCAGUCCCCAGCCGGGAGGCCUCCGAGCACCUGCGGGCACCUGUAAUUCCGGGAACGGCAGCUGGGGCCACGCAGUAGGUUAGUGGGGAGCUGUCAGGCCGGACACCUGGCCAGGCACCCCCUCCCGCAUGCUGGGUGACCCUGGGUUACCAGCCCAGCCCUGGGACCGGCAUCCUGUUCUCUGCCACCUUCAGCUGCCCCUUCGCCAAGUCCUGGCAAAGGCCCUUUGUCCCCAGAGCAGGUGGGCUGGGCUGACAGGACAGGACGGCCAAGGAGCAGCGCUCAGGCCAAACGGAGCAGCCAGAGCCAGGUGGCCCAGCUCUCACCCCGCUCGAUCCAGGGCCCCUGCCCCAGUGGUGCAGCGAGAGGGACAGAUGGAGGAGGGGAUGGGUCAGCGGGGCCCCAGAGCCUAGGGACGGGGUCGCUCAUCUCCAAGCAGAAAAGGAGCCGGGGAGCAGGGUAAGCAAGGCCAGGGGGUCCCCGUGAAGCGCUCCCGAGGUUCCACCUUCUGCACGUCCUUUCCCUUCGGGAGGAGGGCCCGGGAGGGUGGGGUGCAGGGGACCCCCUCCUCCUGACCCGAGAGACCGAGGAGAGGACGGAUUGCCCCGCGUGAGGAAACCUGGCUCCCAGGAGCGAGGUGGCGUGGCCGGGGGUACGCACAGCCCACCACAUGCGUUUUGGACGGUGAGUUUGCGUUGUUUGUUCCGAUUCCCUGUAACGUUAGCAUUUUUGUCAGGAAACCUAAUAAAGGCAGAGGGAGCCCUGGGACAGCGGUGCAGGCGAGGAGGCGGGUCUGCUGGGGUCCAGUGGGCAGGCGCCGGCGACACAGCUGACCAGUCCCACGACGGAAUUCUCUGGCCCCCCAACGCCCCUGGUGCCAGGGCUGGGAAACCCGCAGGAGACCCUCCUGUCUGAUCCCCAAACUGGUAUUUCCCUAAGGUCCCCUCUCGCCCUCUGAGUGUGAGCUCUUCAUUGUAAAGCAGCUGCCAGGGCCGCUGCCUCCAGUUCAGACGGUCACAGCCUGGGGGGAGGAAACCCCGCGGUAGGGGGGGGGCUGAGGCCGUCCUGCGCCCCCACCUAUCAGCGACCCCGAGGGACCUGGCCUCCGCCAAGGCCUCUGGACGCAGGGCGGAUGGGAGAGCCUCGAAGGGGUGGAAUGGGGUGCCUGGCCGCCUCUGGGCAAACCCACGUCUCUCUGGUUUCUGACCCUCUGCCCGCGCCCCGCCCUCCUUCCCCAAUCACAGGCUUACCACCUUGUCUCUGCCCCCUGGCUUUACAGAAAACGUGUUCUUGUAACUAGCCGCCCUCCAGUACCAGUUCCUCCCCAGAACCGGAAACGUUGCUGUGUGUUGUUAAUGUUUUCAUAAUCAGCUUGUAAAUGUAAGCCGCCUCCUGAAUAAAGAGGAUUUUAACUAU